AUGCUGUCGCUGCUGUCGCUGCUGCCGCCGCCGCCGCCGCCGCUGCCGCUGCUGCCGCCGCCGCCGCCGGUCCUGCUUUUGCUUUUACUUCUCCUGCAUGACAGUUGUUUUCUCCAUCUCAGCAGACACCAGCUUCAGAUGCUCGAGGUGAGGGACAUGCCUUUCAGUUUGGGCUCCUGGUUUACUUAA